AUGGAUCUCCACGCACCCUUGGUCGUUCAUGGCUACGAGCACGCUCCUCUAUUGGAGGUGGAGGGCAUUGACCCACACAGCCCUCAGCAGAAGGUGUUAAUACACCAACCCAUUCAGAGCCAGGAGCUCAUGAGCACGGAUCACAGGAAUGGAGAGUACGACUUUUCAGAUGAGCAGUAUCACGCGCACAGCAGCAACCAAAGCGGAGAUGGUGAGUUUGGUAAUAAUAGCAAAUACAUAAUAGAUAGAUUGCACAAUAAAAAUGCUUACAAUAACAACAGACAACUUAAUAUCCAAAGAAAUAAUAGUUGCAGUAUAUUACAAAGUCAAACGGGACCGAGACCUUACCGCAUAUAA